AUGAUAGGGAUUGCAUUAAUCUCGUUAAGGUAUGUAAUUGAUUCAUUGGUUGUCUCGUUGACGCAACAUUUCUGCAAUAGAUAAGUAUGCAAAAGAAGGUAGUAUCUUGUUAUAUUUCAUUUUUAUUGUAAAAUUGCAUGCAGAGUUUAGUUUAGUUUAGUUUAGUUUCGUAAUCAUGUUUUCAACAACAACUAAACCUUAUACUUCAUCAACUUUAAUCUCUCUCAGCAAAAUUUCUUCAAUUUCCAAACCCAAAUCAUGGAAUAUUCAAUCUUCAAUCAACCAUUUCUCCUUAGGCGGCUUAACCACUUCAUCCAGAAAUCUCUCUGUUUCUUGUAGCUACUCGUCAGAAAAUGGAUCUCAUUUUCAGAGAUCGUCAAUUCAGGGGGGUGAAGCAUUUUUCAGGGGUGUGCUGGAGAGCAUGCAAUCAGUGUACCUGAGCAGGAAUCCUACAGCAAAGGCCAUAUUGGACCUUGUUCACUCUGAAGAAAACAACUCGUUAUGCUAUGAUCAUCUUGCAUUCAGGACAUUUGGGGUGAAUGGUUACGGAAUUGACUCGCUCGCUCAGUUUUUCCUGGAUUAUGGCUAUACACAACGAGACGAGUUGAGAUUUCCAGGGAAAAAGUUGAGGGCAUUGUGGUUCUCGCCUCCUUCUGAUUCAUUUUCUGACGAUGGCAGUGGCAUGAAUGGCCCCUUGCCAAGAAUUUUUAUAUCCGAGUUACUGGUGGAUCAAAUGAGUCCACAGACUCAGGAAAUAAUUAGGAAAUACACUGAAUCAUCUGGUAAUGGACAAAAGUAUGCAGCUCUUGCGAGUUCCUUGGGACAUUUAACAUGGGACAAACCUUUAUAUUCUGAGUUUCAACAAUUGGCAAGAGAGAGUGAGUAUGCUGCCUGGACACUAGUCAAUGGUCAUGCACUGAACCAUGUAACUAUUUCCGCUCAUCGGCUGAAAACUCAUUUGAAGGAUAUAAAAAAACUGAAUCGGUUUCUUGAGGAGAGUGGAUUCAGAUUGAAUUCUGAAGGAGGAGUAUUAAAAGUGAGCCCUGAUGGCCUUCUCCAGCAAAGUUCAACUGUAGCAGAUUCAAUUUCUUUCCAAUUUUCUGAUGGUAUAACUGAAUCAGUUCCAUGCUCAUACAUUGAAUUUGCCGAGCGUCUCGUCCUUCCACAGUAUGAAAAUUUACCUCACACAGAGAUUAAAGAAUUUCAUAGGAGGGAUGGUUUUGAGGUAGCAAGUGCUGAUAAGAUAUUUGAAAGCACAUCCAAGGAACAAGUGAGCCGAGCAGGCGCAUAGAUGGCUCAUCUCGUUCUGUACCGCGAUCAUGUACAUAUACUUUUAGACCCAAUUGUAUUGUUGAUGUUUGGAUUUCAUGCACUUCUAAUAAUGUGUAUACUGCAUGGUUCAAUUGGGUUUAAUAAUUUAGCAAAAACAGGAAAUGGAUUUCGUGCAGUUAUAUAUCUUGAUCAAUCAUAUGAUCCAAAUAAAUGGUUGAUAUUUUUAAAA